CUUCAUCGUGGGUGGGGUAACUGAGUAGUAACGAGGUGGGUGACUCCAUCUCCCCAACCAUCAUCAAACGCCAACCUCCUCUUUGUCUCUCUCUCUCUCUCUAGACCCUCUAAAGCAAACGCGAUUUCCUUGUCUCUGUACCCCGAGGCAUGUCGAAUUACACGGUCGAGUCCUGCAAGGUGGAGUCCACCGACGGAGUCAUCCUCCACACGAGGCUGUUCAAGCCGAGGGAAGACGCUAAGAGGGCCGACGACGGCCUGGGCGUCGUCCUGGUGCAUCCCUACACGGUGCUCGGCGGGUGUCAGGCCCUGCUGAGAGGCAUGGCGUCCGAGCUCGCCGGGAGAGGCCUCGUGGCGGUGACCUUCGACAUGAGAGGGGCUGGGAAGUCCACCGGGAGGCCGUCGCUCACCGGCUUCGCCGAGGUCAAGGACGUGAUCGCCGUCUGCAACUGGGCCUGCGACAACCUCUCGCUUCGCAGGAUUCUGCUCGUGGGUUCUUCUGCUGGGGCACCAAUUGCUGGCUCAGCUGUGGAUCAGAUAGAACAAGUCGUGGGAUAUCUUAGCAUAGGCUAUCCUUUUGGAAUGAUUUCUUCAAUUCUCUUUGGGCGGCACCAUAAAUCUAUCUUGCAAUCCCCGAAACCGAAGCUCUUCAUCAUGGGAACCCGUGAUGGCUUUACGAGUGUGAAGCAGCUAGAGAACAAGCUGAGUGGAGCAGCUGGUCGAGUUGAAAAGCAUUUGAUUGAAGGAGCGGGGCACUUUCAAAUGGAAGGCCCUGCUUUUGAUGCGCAAAUGGUGAGUGUUAUUCUCGAGUUCAUCGCAUCCUUGUAAUAUUAUUUGGCUUGUGCUAUCCAACAGCUGUUUAUUAGGAGUA